UUCACACAAACUCACCGAAGAAGAACAGGAAACAGGAAGCAAAGAAGGAGGCUGUUGAUGGUGACAUAUCUUAGCAUCACGGGGGAAGAUUGCAGUACUUCUAAUAAAUGCAGGUUCUAUGCUCCAGCUAAGGACCGCUGAAGAAGAGAAAAGGAGUUGUGAAAUUUCCCAGCUGAGGCAGGCUGUGUUACAAAACAAUGACAGACUCCUUGAUGAGAUGCUCUGCCAAGAAAUCUACAAGAAAGUCAUCAACUGCAGAGGUGGCUGGGGCAUUGCAGGCACACCCCUGCAUGCUGCAGUGUCUAAAGGCCACCUCAGCUGUCUGCAGGUCCUUCUAGCUCACGGUGCCAUCAUAGACUGUGUGGACGUCAAGGCCCAGACGCCUCUGUUCGCAGCUGUUCGAGGGAAAUACCUAGACUGUGUCUUAACUCUCCUCAAAGCUGGCGCCAACCCCAACGGAAGCUCGUCUAACAAUUGCUCGCCGGUCCUCACUGCUGCACGGGAGGGCGACGCGGAGAUUCUAAAGCAGCUACUAAAACACGGCGCUGAGGUGAACUCCCGCUCCAAAGUCUUACUGUGGACCUCGAGUGCCAGAGUGUCCAGCGGGCCGCUUUAUUUGGCUGCUGUUUACGGACACAUGGAGUGCUUCAAACUGCUGCUCCUCUACGGGGCAGACCCAGACCACAACUGCACUGAUGCCAAGCUGCUGAGCUCUGACAAGCAGCCCAAAACUGUGCUGGAGAUGUGCCUCAGGCACGGCUGUGGCGUGGAGUACAUCCAGCUUCUGAUCGACUUCGGCGCAAACGUCUACCUCCCCACGCUGAUCAUCGAGAAGUCGACGAAGCAGAACGAGGCUGUGGAGCUGCUGCUGCGAGAAAGAGGAAAUCCAAAAGCUUUGACCUCACAGUGCCGACUUGUUGUGCGAAGACACCUCAGAAAGAUCAACAAGAUCAACUGCAUCGACCAGCUGGAAAUGCCCACAAGUCUCAUCAACUUCUUGCAACACAAAGCAGCCCCAGUCACUGUUCUGUAGAUAGUGAAGGUUAAAUUAUUUUAGGACCUGUGUUUUGUCUCUUUUUUAUUUUAGCUUAAGCUUUUAUUUGCAGGACCUUGAGCCCCUUUGUCCUCUUUUUAAAAUGGCUUCUGUGUGAGUGUGCAUUGUUCUUGUUCUUAAGACUGGUUCUUCAGCUAAAGAAUAAAGGUGGAUUAUUGUUGUGGAA